GAAACAAGUCCGAAAGCAAUAAAGCAAAAGGAAAAGCCAUAACACAACGACAAAAUGCCGAACACGGAUAACGACCUUGAGGAGGUCAUGUCGCACCUCGGCGAAUUUGGCAGAUACCAGGCAUGGCAGUUUUCACUUCACGUGAUUGGUGCUUUGACAGCCGGCCUUCACAUGCUAACUCUCGUCACCGUCGCAGCCGUGCCCCCCUACACUUGCAACGUACCAAACUUUAAUAAUACAUUUUUUCGUAAUUCCACGCUCUUGCCACGCGCCAUCGACAGCUGCCAUUAUGUCGACAUCAAAAAUCAGACCCACGCAUGCACCUCUUGGACGUACGAUACAACGUAUUUUCAAUCGUCGCGAGCCAUCGAAUGGAACUUUGUCUGCUCGCGACGCUGGAUGGGUGCCAUCGCCCAAUCGGCCUACAUGUUCGGAGUAUUUGCAGGCGCUGUCACUUUAGGCAGUAUGGCCGAUAAAUACGGCCGUAAGAUUAUAUUUUAUGUGUCCUCGGUAGCCCAACUCAUCCUCGGCGUAUCCGUAGCCUUUAUUCCCGAAUAUUAUACCUUCCUUGUCAUUAGAUUUCUUUACGGGAUCUUCGGCUCGGCAGGCGCUUACAUUACCGGUUUCGUAUUGUCCAUGGAGCUCGUCGGCGCCUCCAAGAGGACUGUCUAUGGAUUAAUGUUUCAAUUGGCAUUCGCGACCGGCUUUAUGUUGGUCGCGGCAUGGGGAGCCAUCGUAAAGGAUAGGUUCUGGUUGCAAAUCGUCUAUGGUAUGCACAGUGCCUUCCUUUUAGGUCACUGGUGGCUCAUGGACGAGUCGCCCAGGUGGCUUUGGGCACAAGGCCGCAUCGCCGAGGCUCUUAAGAUCGUCCAGAAGGCAUUGCGCAUGAAUAAGAGUCCGGUUAUACUCGACGUUCAAAAGUACACCUCCAAAGGCAAGGUAGAAGUGAUCAACGAGGACAAGUCGUUCGGUGCAACCGAUCUCCUCAAAACGCCGAACCUACGAAAAAAGACACUCAACGUCUGCCUCAAUUGGUUCGCAAACUCCAUUGUUUACUAUGGAUUAUCCCUUAAUACGGGUAAUCUCGUCGGCAAUCCUUAUCUCAUGAUGUUCCUCAGUGGAUUAGUCGAGGUUCCAAGUUACAUCUUCAUCUGCUUCGUCAUGGACCGCACCGGUCGACGAAGCCUCAUUAGUGCAUUAAUGUUAAUUGGUGGUUUAUGCUGCAUCAUCGCCACUUUCAUUCCCCGAAACAUCGCGGCUGGCGCGGCCAUCACCGUUACCGUCGUUUUAUUUGGCAAGGCCUGCAUAGCCGGAUCCUUUGCCAUAAUUUACAACUACACGGCCGAACUCUUCCCCACCGUAUUACGCAACACGGCAUUGGGCGUCGGUUCCAUGUGUGCUCGGCUCAGUGGCGCCCUCACCCCCAUGAUUAUGCUGUUGGAUUCAUUUAAUCCUAAGGUGCCGCCGACAGUGUUUGGAUUUAUAGCGCUGCUCUCGGGCUUUCUGUCGCUCUAUCUGCCAGAGACGGUCAAUCAACCGAUGCCAGAGACUCUAGAGGAUGGCGAAAACUUUGGAAAAGGCGACACGUGCUUCACCACCUGCUGCGGCAGCGGGUCCAAGAACAAGCGGCCUUACGAGGUUGCCCUUCAAAAGGUCGACGAACGCGAACACGACAAGAAUUACCGAAGAUCAUAAAGGAACGAUCAUUUUUAUUUCCUUAGUCUCUUAUUCGUUAUCAAAGGAUAAUUAAUUAUACACACACA